CGACUACAGCCAUACAUGGAGUUCUGUAUACCGUUGCCGGCAAAUUCCAACCGCUGCCUCAAGAUAUUUAUCGCUAUGAUUGUAUUAGCUUGUACUGUUGCAGAUUGGAGGGAACCUUUCAGUCUACCGAGAGGGUGGCUUUUGUGGGCUGGGAUUGGUCUUGUUGGUGCUGUAGUUGCUGUGGCAUUGACAGGGGCUGCCACGUCCUUUUUCAGUGGGCAAACCCCAGAAAGAGAGAAACUGUCAUCUUGUGGCUUUCCGAAGAUCAAAGCUUUUGGGAUGAUAUUGAGGAUGGGCGAAGGCCUUUGGGUCCUUUUGGCUUACAACAGUGGGCGGUAAAGGAUCGGAAAUGGU